AUGACAACGGACCUGAGUUAUCAGACUAUUCGCUCAGCCCAUCAGGCUCGUGAAUCAGAAGAACAACGAUCAGCCAAUCGAAAGAAAAAUCUUCUAUUACUGGUGAUGCACUACUUGAGUGAAGAGGGCUAUGUCGAGUCAGCCAUGUCUCUGUCUCGUGAAACCAAUUUGGACUUUAGAAAAUACGAAGUCUGUGACAAUGUGGAUUUAGAGACCAUACUAAUGGAGUACGAAAGCUAUUAUUAUGUAAAAUUCCACAAGUUCCCAAGGAUAACAAAGAAACUGAAAGAUCACCAGCCAAUGUCCGAUUCAUUGCGAGGAAGUCAUAAAAUUCGAACCUCAAAAAAGUCUGUCUCCUUCAUGUUUCUACUUACUAUGGAGUUUUCCCUAUUCAGACCUGUUUUACCGAGUCUAUUGCUUAAUAAGCCCCGCAAUUUCCUUGAUGAAAACGGGGCUGGAGAUAUUUCGAUGGAACGGCAAAAUUAUUCUGCGAAUUGUCGACCGAAAUGGGGUGAGAAGGGAGCAUUUAGAAAGUCAAAAGCCGACGCAAUCAACACUGAGAAGCAUCUCGAUGUGAACAGUGCGGUAACUUUGUCAAUUGAAGGCAAGUCGGACAUGAACAAAUCUAACCAAUGCACAAACGGAUCAGUAGUUGUUCGCACUGGGCCACAGAACACAACGUGUGCAGACACACCAUCGUCUAUGCAAACCUCUGUUGGACCACAUAGACCUGGACAGAUUGUCGAUUAUCGGGUGAUAUUGAACCAGCAAACAAAGUUAACUUCGGAAGAGAUGAGAGGCAAUACAGAUCAACAAGAACGACUUUUGAAGCCCUUAGGUGGGUACGCAGGCUAUACAGGUGAAUGGAGAGAACUUGCAAUGACAAUUUCUCGGGAAAUCUUUCUCGAAAACCCAAACGUUCGGUGGGACGACAUUAUUGGCCUGAGUUCGGCCAAACGACUGGUGAAGGAAGCCGUGGUGUAUCCGAUCAAAUAUCCCCAACUUUUUUCCGGAAUUCUCUCGCCUUGGAAAGGUUUGCUGCUCUACGGGCCUCCAGGUACUGGGAAAACUCUUCUGGCGAAAGCGGUAGCAACCGAAUGUCACACGACAUUCUUCAACAUCUCGGCUUCCACCAUCGUUAGCAAAUGGCGUGGAGACUCUGAAAAGCUUGUUCGAGUACUGUUUGAGUUGGCCCGAUUCCACGCCCCUUCCACGAUCUUUUUGGACGAGCUGGACUCACUUAUGUCACAGCGGGGUUCUGUCGGUGGCACUGCUCCUGGAGGUGGUGGUGGUAGCUACGGUUCUACCGGCGGAGGCGAGCACGAGGGCUCUAGAAGGAUGAAGACGGAGCUACUGAUGCAGAUGGAUGGACUUACAAAGUCGGAUGAUUUGGUUUUCCUGUUAGCCGCUUCCAAUUUGCCCUGGGAACUGGACCAUGCAAUGCUCCGAAGACUAGAAAAGCGCAUUCUGGUUGAUCUACCAAACACAGAAGCACGACAACGAAUGUUUGAAACUUUUCUCCCCUCAUCAUCUGCGUCUACGCCAUCUACUGGACUUCAGAUUAAAUGCAACAUUGACUACGAACUCGUUUCCAAGCUUACAGAAGGCUACUCUGGUUCAGAUAUUCGCCUGGUUUGCAAGGAAGCCGCAAUGCGCGUAGUACGCAAAAUCUUUGAUAUUCUCGAGAAUCCUACAAAAGAAUUCACUCCGGAAACACACAUUCGGCUUGAUCCUGUGACAACCGAGGAUGUGAAGGCUGCCAUCGAAUCAACGAUGCCUUCGGCGCGACAUCUGUCUGGACGGUACCAAGAGUGGCAACGAAACUAUGGAUCCUCUUGACCCAAAUGAAUUUUGUAUACCAGUAUUCGAUGAAAUCCACCUGAGUCUCUGUAACGCAAGAUUGACUAACGGAUAUUAUGGAAGUGAUUUUUCUUUGUUGCUCUGGUAUUAGCCACUGAUAUUCCAUCCCACGAACACGUUUUGGACCAUUACCAGAGAGAAGAGAAUGUUUUUGUAUGCAGCAUUAUUGCUUUUCUCUUCUUUACGUCGUCGUAAUUCAGCAAUGCUGACCAGCUUACACAAUGAGGUUUCGUUUUUCCAAAAAGUAUUAG